CGGCCCGAAUUAUAUAAUAAAUAUUUUAAUUUAUUUUAAAUUUUUAACUUUACUUUCACUUUCACAUUCGUGCCUUACUGCCCUUAUUCCUAAUUCCAAAAUCAAAAUCCCUAACUCACCACCACCUCCAUCGGCAGUACCACUCACCAGUCACCUGUCAAAAUUAAUAUGGGGUUGGGCUCGGGUUUAACAAUUUUUAUUAUACUUAUUCUCUCUAUUUUUAUUCUACUAUAAUUUGUUUUUACUUUGUUAGCCCAUUAUAAAUUUAUAAUUAUAUAAUAUAUUAACUAUUUUUUUCUUUCUUUCUUACUUAAACACUAUAUCCCCUUUAUUUUCUUCCCCCUUUUUCCUCUCAUUUACCAUCCUUACCUUUGCCUCUGUAUUUCAAUCUCUGCAAAAAAAACCCCAGCCCAGCAUCAUCAUCUUCAUAAAAGCAAAUCAGGUUUUAACCGUGAAGUUCUGGUGAUUAUUUGCUUUUCCUUACCUGAAAAUGUCAUCAUUAAGGAAUGCUAUCAACAGACGUGCUCACAAGGAACGAGCUCAACCGUCAUCGAGGAAAAAAUUUGGGCUUCUUGAGAAACACAAGGAUUAUGUCGUCCGUGCGAAAGCAUUCCACAAGAAGGAAGAAACGUUACGGAAACUCAAGGAGAAAGCUGCAUUCAGAAACCCAGAUGAAUUUUACUUUCAGAUGAUAAAAACGAGAACUGUGGAUGGAGUUCAUAAACUUGAGAGUCUGGCUAACAAAUACACUCAAGAAGAACUCAUGCUAAUGAAAACUCAAGACAUAGGAUAUAUACUACAGAAAUUGCAAAGUGAAAGGAAGAAAAUUGAGAAGCUAACUGCAGUGUUGCAUUCUGUUGAUAAUCAUCCAUCUAACAGACACAUUUACUAUGCCGAGGAUAGGGAAGAAGCUAGAGAAUUACAGUCACAAGCUUCAGAAAGCAGAGUUACUCCCCCUUCUGGUGAUUUCCCUGAUCUUAUUAAAAGGAAGACAGCUGCUUCUUACAGGGAAUUAGAAGCCAGGAAGAGUAGAGUGAAUCAGCUGGAGAAGCUAUAUAUGGAAAUGUCACUGAAGAAGGAAUUACAGAAAAAGGGUCGGAAGCGGAAACUCCGUGAAGACGAGUUAGUAUGUCCAACCUCCAAGCUAGUGUAUAAAUGGAGAUCAGAAAGAAAGAGGUGACAAAGAUGGUUGUGUUGGUGAAGGAGGCAAUUUGGCUUUAGCAGCUUUCCCCAUGUUUUGAGAGAGAUCUAAGCCAUAAAUAUUGAAAGUUUUGCAUUGUUAUGAUUUUCAGGGGCAUGGGACCAAUUAUAUAUGAUGUGAGAAUUAUUAUUACUUAAAUGAGUUAUUUAUUUAUUAUGUCUGAA